AUGUCAGAAACACCCCCAUCGUCUGCGCACGCGCUUUACGUUGACAAAGACUGCAAUCUGAAAGCCAUCCGCAAUGUCCCAGUGCCCGAGCUCGUGGACGGCGAAGUUGUGGUGAAAGUGCUCUACUCAGGAGUCAACUCCGCCGACGUCAAACACGGUCCGAUCUUGGGAGUGCGUCCCACCAUCCUCGGCUACGACUUUUGCGGCCGCGUGGCGCAAUCUGCGCCGACCUCCGGCUUCAGGGUCGGUGAUCUCGUUGCCGUCUUCACGCCCACAGGCGUCGGCAAGCCCUCGAGGUACGGCGCCCACCAAGAGUACCUCAGCUGCCCAGAAAACUUCAUGUACAAGGUGCCGGAGAACCUCCCCCCAACGCACGCCGCCAGCCUAACCACGGUCGCCCCGACGGCUGCCGAUGGGCUGUACAACAUUGGCUUGCCCAAUAGCCAAUAUGUGAGACAGGCGGAAGAGUCUUUUGAGGACGUUGCCUAUCUCUCUUCUGUUUUAUCCCCGUGUGGUUUUCCGAAGGCGCUUAUUUGUCUGCAAGGACCUGGAUGA